AUGGCGGCGCAGUGCCGCCGCUACCGCAAUCGCAGGCCCAAAUGCACCAAGACAAUGUCGCUGGCGACUCUGAUUUUGGGUUUGAGUCUAGCGGUGGCAACCCUGGCGGCCGGAAAUGACGCCAUUUCCGCGCCGAAAGCGGGCAAGGAUCUGCAGCAGCAGCAGCAGCCAUCGGAGAUUGGAAUUGAUGGCGGAGAGCGACCAAACAAGGAUUUUGACUUUGCCGCCUAUGUGAAUGAUUUCAAUUUGCAAGAAGAGGCCUCCAUUCCGGAGGACAUAUUUGACCAGCACGACGGCGACAUUGGGGAUGAGGACGUCGAGGAGGAGACGGCCCACAUUCAAUAUGCCCCAUCUGCUGCACUUGCUCCAUCUGCUGCAUCUGCCGCCGCCGAGGAGAAUGAGCACGAGGAUGAUGAUGAUGAUGAUGUGGCGCUGUUGGAGGAGGAGCAGGAGCAGGAGGACGAUGCAUCCGAGGCAGCUGAUAUCAUACUGGAAUCUCAAAGGCCCACUACAAGGAAUUUCAGUGUUUACCUGGACGCCAAGAUCCCAAAAUACCAAAAUAACAACAGCAAGCAGCGUUCCAAGGAGCAAAGGAAGAAGAGCAAUAUAAGCCACCACAGCAGCUACAAAUUGAAAAACAAUAAAGCGAACAAUCACCAGCGGCUGGCCAAGGAAGCUGUCGCCGGAAAAUCGGAAAUGGAAACGCUCCUCGGUGGCGCCACCAAGUUCACUUCCGGCGACGAGCCACAGCCACAGCAGGAGGAUCAGGAGGAGCGAGUGGAGCAGGAGGAUGAUGCGAACUUUGGCAGGCAAAGUUUGGCCAAGUCAAGUCAACGGGACAAGAAGCGUGGCGAUGAUGGCGACGAGGUGGAUUUACUAGAGGGAGCAUAUCCGCCGUCCCAGCUGUUUGAUGCCAUUGAAAUAUUAAAUGAACGCAAAUUUAAUAAACCAUCUGGCCAAUCGACAACGUACAACGGACGAUUCCAGCUGCAGAAGAAGGAGCAAGAGCACCAGAAGUCCAAGCAGGUGGACGAGGCCAUUGGCGAUAUCGAGGACAAUUUGGAUAAUGAUGAAAUAUUGCCCACCGGCAACGCUGAGGACGAAGACGAUGGCGACGUCGACGACGACGAGGACAUUAGGUCGGCCAUUAACAAUGAUGAAUUGGCCAAAAAGUACCCAGUACCCAGUAGUACCACAACCACCAAGGUCCCAACCACUUCGGCUACAUCGAAAACCACCAGCAGCAGCACCACCACCACCGCAACUUUCACAUCCACAACAGCAACAACACCAUCGACAACAACGACACCAAGGGCAGCAGCACCAACAAUUGGCCGCAAGUUGAAGAGGAAUUUCUUUGGUCAAGCGCAGCCGGAAAGCAUGUACUAUGGCAGCUAUGACAUCGGCAGGAUUCGUGCCCAGACCCAGGAGAAGGACACCACCGAGGAGGAGAAGGACGAGGAUGUGGGCGAGUUGCACUAUUACGAUACCAGCAGCAGCAGCAGCAGCAGCGGUGGCAACUCCAGAAAGUUGGUCAGUUUUGAGCCGGAAAAAUCCGAGGAGAAUUACUUAAGCAGCUACUACACCGGCAAAUCGAAUGCAACCGAGAAGAAACUGCAGCAGCAGCAGCAGCAGCAACAUGUUGUUGCACGGAACAUGCAACAUGCAACACGAUACGUGGAUGACGACUACGCCGAACAGCAACCGCCGGCGGAAAAGUCCAGGAUGGCAAAUCCCUGGGAGAAAGCGGAUGAAAAACCAGCGGAUGCGCAGCAACUGGAAGAUGGCAAAUUGGAAUCUGAUUUGGAAUCUGCAUUGCAGCGAUAUCACGAGGCCACCACGGCCACGCCCACUGUCAGCGCCGCUCCCUCGUCGGCAUUCGAACGCUUCAAGGCGCUGCGCAGGAGUCGCCAGCGAACUGGACACAAGAGCCACAAGAAGCGCUACAAGGACUAUCUGAAGCGGCAGCAAACGAAGGUGGAGGCGACACCGCCACCUCCGGAGCCCGCUCCAGUGGCCACCAUCUCAGCGAGGCAUCUGCAAAAGUUGCAAAAGGAGCGGGAAAGAUCCACACACUCAGCGCCGAUCUUCGCCCUGGGAUUGCGACCGCAGCGAACCUUGGUGGCCACCGGGAAGCCCUUCUACGAGGGCCAGGUGAACUACUACGACAAUCAACAGCAGGAUGCGGAUGUGGAUCUGAAGCACCACACGGAGAUGGAGCGCCUGAUUGCCCAUGACAAUGGCAACUGGUAUCGGCGUAUCAGUCCGUUAUUGCGCAAUGGCGUUAAAAGUGAUCCGCCGGUGAAGGAGCACCACCACCAGCAUCACCACCAUCACAGUGGUCAGCAUUUGGGCAACCACCACCACCACAGCCACCAUCAUAGUUACAAUCACAAUGCGCCACACAGCCACCAUCAUCAUAGUCACAGUCACAGCCAGCAGAAGUUGAGUCAUCUGAAGUCGCGUCCACGUAAUCCCUACCAGCGAAAGGUGCCCAUGGGAGUGGGUGCACCCAGUCCAGCGCCACCGCCGACACCACCGCUGCCGCCACCGAAACCACAACUGGGACAUCAGAUAACCGAACUGGAGCAUCUCGAGCGCUACUAUGCCAAGUGGCCCCAUCUAGCCAGGGUGCAGUUCCAGGUCUACGAUGAGCACUACCGCGAAACGCAUCCCGAGCUCUACAGCGACUAUGAGGAUGACUACGAGAGUGCUGCCGAGCUGGAGGAGGCGCAGCAGGAGCGCGGCGAGGAGGCCAAUCUGCCGCCCUACAUCAAGAAGUACAAUCGCCGGAACAAGCAGCUACUCAAUCUCCUCGAGGGCACACUGCCCACGCCCACUCUCAGUCCCGGUAAUCCGCUGGGCAGCACCGAAACCGUGCGCCUGGAUGAUGAGUAUCUGAAGGAGAAGCGGCGACGCUACCACCAGCACCAGCGUUUCGAGGACUUGUUCGCGCAGCAAAAGAGCAGGUACAGCACCACACAGUCGACGCCCAAGGACGACGAGGUUACCGCGCUGGCCAAAGAGGAGCAGCCGCCAGCGAAGGACAACGCAGUGACAUCAGCGACCACAGCGCCCAACAACAAUCAGUUGCCCGAGGAAGAUGCACUCGUUGUCUCUGGCGAGGAAACGGAACCGGCACCCGAAACUCUCGACUUUUGGCAACGGGAAGUGGCCAGCAAGGCGGCAGGUUCGGCGGCAACAACCACGCCGAAGCCAGCGCUCUUCAAGCUCCCAUCCUAUCCAGCCAUCGCCGGCAGCUUUCUGGGCACACCGCGCAGUCGCAGCCGCAGUGCCCAGUUCGUGGCGAAUGUGGCGGGCCGGGGUCAGAGUAGUUGGCCACGCCUGGAGACGGGUAACUCCACGGAAAAGCCCGCUGGAGGAACCACCGAAGGCGGAGGAGCCGCAACAGCCACCGGCAGAGGAGCAGGAGGAGGAGGAGGAGGAGGAGGAGGAGCUGGAGCAGGCAGAGGAGAUCCAUCCCCGCUGAACUCGUUUGUGUACCAUCGCGUGGUGGACGGCAUCGGCGCGGGCGGAGCAAGUGGAGCCGCCAUCUCCGGCUUCGUCGGCAGCAGUAGAGGCAAACAGUCGCGUCUGCCAUUCGUGGCCAUCACGGAUCGGCGGCUGGAGAAAUCGCUGGCGGAGCGACACAAAGACUUUGAGCAGAAUCACUUUCCGAUGCCUUAAGCCGCGAAUUUGUGCAGCAAUGGAUGUGCAGCUGGAGGAGCUGAAGAUUAAGUUGGAGAUGGUAAAGGAAAAAUUAACGCUGAGUUGGUGGCAAUGUAUGGAAAGGGAAA